CCCGCCCCCUUUUUCUUUUUCUCCUCUUUCUCUCUCUCUCGUUUCCCCGCCACCGCCGCUCCUCUUCAUCAUCUCCCAACCCCACCACCGCCGCCUACACCCCGCUCCCACUUCCCUUUGUCACCCGCUCUUCUCUCUCUUCCUUCAAACAAAACAAAAAAAAAACCACGAAUCCCUUGAAUCUUUGAAAAUAUUGAGUCUUUGAAUCGCAAAAAUCCCCCUAGAAAGCAUUAAGUUAGCAGCAGUCGUAACAUUCUUGAUAUCGAUUUUCUAUUUUAUUUCGCCCUUUUUAUAUUGCAUUGAAUCCGAGGUACACGAGUCCAGAUUCGAUAAGUUCGAGUGUAGAUUGAAGAUUCGCACCCACUUCGCUGCACCCGGAGAAGGCAAUAUUUUUAGUUAGAAGAGUAUACAAUGCCGCUGGGACUGAUAUUAGGUUUAGGGAGAUCUUUCAGAAGAAAGCGUACUUCAUCUCUUGAUAUUCUUACUACAAAACGGGUUCCUCGGGGCUUCUACAAGGGAAAGAAUUGCAAGCCUACUGGUUUUCACACUCGCAAAGGUGGUUAUGUUAUUAUGCAAGAGAAGCUGCCUAACUACGUAGUUCCAGAUUUGACCGAUUUCAAGCUUAAACCUUAUGUAUCCCAAUGCCCGAUUGAAACUACAAGUGCAAGUACGGAGGCAAAGGAAUCUGCAAAAUAAAAAGAGGGAGAAAAACGUUGAACACUCCCCGUUUUAAGGAUAUUUUAGUUUUCUCUGUCUUCAUUUUGUAGCUAAACAUGACGGCAACUACUCGUUUUAUCCACUCUUAGACACCUCUACAGCUACACUUUGUUGGGAUCAAGCAGCUGUCUUUUUUCUUUUUGUGAAGAUAAUACUAUCUUGGUGUAUUAUUAAUGUACUCCUUUUAAUUUAUCGAAAGAAAGUUAUGGAUAGUGAUAUAGAUGCUAAAUAAGUUGGUCAGCUAGAGGUUGCCAGGUUCUUCAACUUUUACAAACUUUUGUGAGAUAACGCCAUCUUGGUGUAUUAUUAAUGAACUCUUUUUGAUUUAUCAAAAGAAAGUUAUUUAACUUUCACUCUUUCAGUCCCUUCUAGGAAAUACAUCGUCACUUGUGAUUUCUGUUGGGCCCAGCAUACUUGCUUAGAUCACUACUUCCUUGUGAUUUCCCAUCAUAUUAAUCUUUUCCAAGUUUUUUAAAAUCUUGAAACGAGUAGUGCUUGAGGUAGGUUAGACCCAGCAAUUCCCUAGCGCGUGGAUUAGAGCAUGGACUUUUCAAGCAUGCCCCAAAAUGAGCUAAAUUUUCAACUAUCAGAUUGCACUUUCUUAUGUUCUGUGCUGCUGCUGCUUUAUCUCCUCUCGACAUUCAAUAUUGACCUUAAACCUUAUGUAUCCCAAUGCCCGAUUGAAACUACAAGUGCAAGUACGGAGGCAAAGGAAUCUGCAAAAUAAAAAGAGGGAGAAAAACGUUGAACACUCCCCGUUUUAAGGAUAUUUUAGUUUUCUCUGUCUUCAUUUUGUAGCUAAACAUGACGGCAACUACUCGUUUUAUCCACUCUUGGACACCUCUACAGCUACACUUUGUUGGGAUCAAGCAGCUGUCUUUUUUCUUUUUCCUUUCCUUUUUCUUAUUAGGUACUGAACUUUUUAGCUAAACAUGUCAUGGCUGACAUGAUCAGUGUUUUUGGGUGUCUUUGUAGCUAAAUUCUUUAUGUUGAUUAACUAGUUUGGUUGAAUGCCCCUUGGACCAGAAAA